GCACACCUCCUGGCUGUUGCUUGUUGGUGUGUGGGAGAGAGAGCGCGAGCGCCUUCCUCUUGGUGUUCAUGGUCGCCGGUUAACGAAAAAUAAACCCAAAAAACACAGAAAACUCGACCGAAGAAUGAGCGAUAACGAUGACAUCGAGGUCGACAGCGACGCAGACAAACGAGCUCAUCAUAAUGCUCUGGAGCGUAAACGCAGGGACCACAUCAAAGACAGCUUUCACAGCCUCCGAGACUCUGUGCCCGCAUUACAGGGGGAGAAGGCCUCCCGAGCACAAAUCCUAGAUAAAGCAACAGAGUACAUCCAGUACAUGAGACGGAAAAACCACACGCACCAGCAGGACAUCGACGACCUGAAGCGACAGAACGCCCUGCUGGAACAGCAAGUUCGAGCGCUGGAGAAGGUAAAGGGGACCACACAGCUGCAGGGCGGCUACUCCUCCUCAGACAGCAGCCUGUACACUAACCCUAAAGGCAGCGCCGUGUCGGCCGACGGCGGCUCCGACUCGAGCUCAGAGUCCGAACCCGAGGAGCCGCCCACCAGGAAGAAGCUUCACCAGGAGAACAGCUAAGAGCAGCACUCCGUCCAGCUCUCCCAGCUUCUCUCUCCUCCACUCCCUCUUCAAUCAGAGACUCCACAACUUCUCGUUUCAUGUCUCUACAGGCUUCCCAGACGCCGGCCCAAAGCCAGGUCCAGGGAGCUUGGAGAGAACGACUCGUAGCACAUCUCUCUCUAUCUCUCUUUCUCUCUCUUAUCUCUCUAUCUCGGGGCUGGCUCAGAAGUAACAAGCAGCAUCUCAAACCCUUAACGAGGCAGCUUCAUGAUUUACGGACUUGGCGCUUCUCCCGUACGUCCGUCUGUAGGACGUAGGAAGCACACAGUUCCAGGCACUGCUCAAUAUAUAUAUUUUUUUGUUAUAUAUGUUAAAUAAUGAGUACUUACCCUUUUUACGUAACCGUUCCAACAAACGGUCCAUCUUCCUUUAUUACUUUUCCACGAAUGCGAGAACACAGAACCUGAUCAAAUUUGGUUAAAAAAACAAAACAAAAAAACAUGAACGUUGUGUUUUAGCUUGAAUUAGUGAGUGUGUUUAGAUAGCUGGAUGUUUUUUAUAUAAAGGAAUACCUUUAAUUUAUAUUCUGCCCUAUAUAUAAAUAAAUAUAUAUUAUAUA